GACGCUUUUGAACGCGCAAGCAGAAAGGACGCCAUCUUCGUUUGUCAACGGACGUCAAGGUGUCUGGUCGUCGAGAGAGGAGGUUGUUCUUUAGAAGAAAGAAAGAAAGGAAUAAAAAAAAGAAGGAAGAAGAAAAAAUAAAACAGUCAUUAAGAAUGUAAAGUGCUCGUAAAGAUAAUCGCAUAAAAUCGUAACGCGUAUUUCGAAUAGAUACAAUGGCGUCUACCGAAUUUGAAAAACGUAAAGAGGAAGAAUACGAAAUGCAGCUGUUGGGCUUUCACUCGAGAGCCGUUAAUGCAACAUUGGAAAAAAUAGUUUACGAAGCUAUAGAAUCAACAUGUAAAAGUUUACGCCAAAGUUUGCAAGAUAAAUACGAUUAUGAUAAGGAUGAGUUAAAAGAGCUUAAAAAAAAUGUAAAAAAGCUAAUACAAACUUAUAGUGAACGUGCAAUGCCACAUUUAAAAUUCAUAGAGAGUAUCGUUAAGAAAUACAUUUCUAUACCAAAAAAUGUGUUGUUAGAUGAAGAUAAAUGCCAGAGUGUUCAAUAUACUGAUGAAGAAUAUGAACUAUUAGAGGAACGUUUGAAGACUUUACAGCAAAGAGCAAAGAGGGCCACUUUGUUAAACGCAGCAUUGAAAGAAGAACUAACUAUAGUAGAUCAAUUAGAAAGUUAUAUCUCUAGAAGUAACAAGAUGUGUGAUUUAGUUGAAAAUUUGUCUAUGAAUCAAGAUAACAACAGCAAAGUCAUGAAUGAAGCACUCAAACAUUACAAAGACCUAUAUAAACAGUUAAUUGCUAUGCGACCCGAAACAAAAAAAGUAAAAUAUAAUCCAUUCGAAGAUUUCAAAACUAAAGACUACGAUAUUGAUAGCCUUUGAUGGUUAUUUUAGUUGUUGAUUUUCAAAUUGUUCUCCAGCAUUCAUUACAACAUAUGCAGUGUUUAUAUAUGUAAUAUAUUUGUAUAUAGUACAUAAAAAAUUUGUAUAUUUAAAUCUUCUACGGAUCACAAAUG